GAAAGAUACAUCAAGAUGUUUGUGCAAUGUAAUUUUUUUCCUGCAGUCUUCCUCACGACAAGAUGGGGAAGGCACUCACUCAUUUCUGUGACUAUCUACAUGGUUCCUGGAGAUGUAGGUGUCUACAGUCGAUACCUUUUCACUGACUGGAUAGAGGCAAUUUUACACUUCGAUACUGAGCUAGCUGGUCUGAAACUUCAAUCUGCUAACCCAGCAGGUUUUAGGAUGCGCUCCCUGAGGAAGACAGUGUUGCUUGCCAUUCUGGUGUCUGUGGUGCUGGUACUGGCCCUCCUCCAUUCGUGGCCCACUCGGGCCUACACCACAGUGGAUGUGUGGCAGAGACCAGGGCAAAUAGUAGAGAGAAAUCUGGAGGAGAGGCUCCCAGAACCAGACCACCGAUUAGGCAACAUCCCAUUUCAUGUGAGGGAUAAUGUGGCAAGUUUGUUGGCACGCAAUGGGUGCGUAUGUGAGGGUGAGAGUGGAGGAGUAAACCUGCCCUUCGCCCAACUCUUAUUCCCGCGGGUGUCAGCUCACCCGCUGCACACGGCCUUUGAGGCCUCCGAGCUGGAGGAAAUGAAGAGUCGACGGGCCAAAGAGUACAAGAGUUUCCAGAGGAGGUCACAGACACCUGCAGAUAUUCUCAUUGUUGCAGAGGCUAACAAUCCAUUACAGUAUCCUACACAGGGGUUGGAGGUACGGCCCCUGAAAACAAUCAUCAUUCCAGGCUUGGCCUUACACAACCUUCCCAGAGACCAUUACUCAAUAAACAUCACUGCCACGCUGGGAACGCUGAAUGUAGCAGCAGAGGUGGACGGGGUGAAAAUCAAAGGUGACGGUGAGAUGCACAUGACUCUGUCUAGCAGCCUCCUGCCGAACCUGAACCGACAGCUGCAGUUUGUCACCUACACAAACACACUGUUUCACCCCAGCACAGCUGACACAGUGCAGUUUGAGACAGAGGGGCAUCAAGCUGUCUUCAGUAUCAAGAUCCGUCACGGUGUAACACCCAAAUUGUACAACACUGGAUCCAAAGGAGACUACAAUGUCAGUGCCCUCGUUACCAUAGCUACAAAGACUUUCCUGCGUUAUGAUAAGCUUCAAGAUCUUAUCGACAGCAUCAGGAGAUACUAUCCUACUGUCACCAUAGUCAUCGCUGAUGACAGUGAAAAUCCGAAAACCAUCUCUGGGCCUUACAUCGAACACUACAUCAUGCCUUUUGGAAAGGGUUGGUUUGCCGGACGAAACCUGGCUGUUUCCCAGGUCACCACAAAGUACGUGCUGUGGGUUGAUGACGACUUCAUCUUCACAGCCAACACAAAGCUGGAGAAGCUUGUGGAUGUUCUAGAGAGGACCACUCUGGAUCUGGUGGGUGGUGCCGUGCGGGAGGCCACAGGGUACACUGCCACGUACAGACAGACCAUCUCCAUUGAGCCAGGGGAGGAGGAUGGCGACUGUUUACACAUGAGGAGAGGAUUUCAUCACGUCAUCCAAGGUUUCCCUAACUGUGUCGUCACUGACGGGGUCAUUAACUUCUUUCUGGCUCGCACCGACAAAGUCCAGCAGGUCGGUUUUGACCCGCGCCUCGCCAGGGUAGCUCACCUGGAGUUUUUCAUCGACGGCCUGGGAUCUCUCCACGUGGGCUCUUGUGACGAUGUCAUCGUCAAUCACGCAACCAAAAUCAAACUUCCCUGGGUCAGCCAAUCAGAGAGCGACAAGACUUACGCCAAGUUUCGUUACCCAUCAGCCUCCUCUGACGCCACACACACGAAAAAUGGCCUCCUGUUCUUCAAAAAUCGAUUUCAGUGUUUGACUCAUAAUUAGUUUCUCCUCUCCAUCCUAAGGUUCCUCCGCUCUUCUUGAGUCGCCAAAGAAGAUCUCCUCCACUGCAUCCUGUCAGAUAAGAUUUCAGACAAAGACUUUUGUUUGCCUUCUCUUGAAAACCUUGAAACGGUUUUCGGGCUUCACCGCAGAGAAAAUGUGCCAUUAGAGCAGUAUUAUAGUGUUUAUUCUGUCAGUGCCCAGCUCUGCGGCGAGCUAACAAGUCCUUUUACACUGUAAAUAUCCAGAGGCCUGCUGUAAGAGUUCAGGCGCUCUUCUAGAGUGGAAACACUAGAAAAUCAGCUGUUGUAACAAGCAUAUCGUCUUGUUUACACAGUUAAAUCGCAGCUUAAUCUUGAUUGAUUCAAGGUUAUAAAGGUAUUCCGCUUUUUGUUUGUCAAAUCUUAUCUGACUAUACAUCCUCGUGUUGUUUAUAACACAGAGACAAGCUUUGGGAAAACCCAACAGGUAGCAUCUAGACAGUCUGAGUCACUUCAUUGUCAUCUUAUUGUAAUGUGAGUAGAGGUGUGUGUCCUCCUUCAAUUUGCACUAUAAAAAAAAGAAAAAAAACACUGAGCUUGGAGAAGCAAUAGUGACUCAGUUAGAGUCUAAGAACGUAAGCGAGGAGAAAAGGGACACAUCCCAGAAAGUGACAAUCCUGUAGACACACAGAGUAUAGGUAUCAUCAUCUUACCAAUGCCACAUGAAGAACGCAUUCAAAACUUUUCACGUGUGGUACCUACGCUCUGUGGCUGGCUGGUCGUGCCAAAGGUGUGGCUGCUUUGGGGUCAUUUUUAUCUUGUUUGUGUUAUGGUUUUGCUGGCCCAUUACCCAGAAUCCUCUGUGUCGUUUGUGAGCGAUUAAUCACAUCUGAGGAGGAGAAACCUUUGGUCCCAUCCAUCUGGAGUCACGCCUGGUGUUACCUGAUCUGGGAGCAGCCUUGUUUUUUGUCUUCUGCUGUUUGUCACUCUCCGGUUUUCUUCAAGGAGCAUCUCAAAAGAGCGUUUCUGUUCAGCGCACGCCGAUGAAUAACAGUGAAAGUGAUUGCAUCUUUACCUGCUGCCUAAAAGAAUGGAUGAACCAAAGUGCAUGUUUAUUAUCUGUCAUUAUAAAACAAGAAAAGGGGGGUGGGACAAGUAUUAACGAAAGUUUGACGAUUAUUUGACAUCUUGAAAUACAGUAUUAGUUGUCAGAGCAUGAGAGGAAAACCGCGAGGAGUGACACCUAGUGAGACAAAGUCAAUGAAACAAGGUGAGACUGUGCGGCACCAAGGCUUGAAAGUCCUGUUUUUAAACUGACGGCUCCUCUUUGGAGAGUUAGUGUCUGUCAAAGACUGUGAUACACUCAUGCCUGAAGUGAAGAUGCUGUUCUUUUAUACCAUGGCCUUUAGAUGGCGUCCUCCCGUCAUGUUAUUGUUUGCCAGUAAGUCAAAUUAGUUUUUAACAGUCAUUUGUUAUUAGCAAAGAGGUGCCAGAGAUUUAUAAAAGGAUUUUUUUUUUUUUAAUCUCGAGAGGAAUAUUUUAAAACUAUCUUGUGCGAUGUUUUUGUCUGUUAUGGAUUUUUCUUUCUCUUCACCAAAAUGUAACGUCACCUCCGAAGACAGGAGCAAGAAACUAAUUUCAUCGGUGAAACUAUUAUACAAAAGGCUUUUGUGCAGUUGUGUGUUCAAAGAUUUGUCUCAUGUAAGGAUUUGUAACUGUCGACAGAUCUGUAGCUGAGCUGAAAACCUUUUUUCUUUUUCUUUAACGGUGAUAUUUGUGUUCACACAGAAAUCUAACUUGCCUGCUUCACCCAAAAACCACUGAUGUGAGUCUUCUGAUCACGGCAUAAUGACUAUUUUUAUUUAUGUAUUUCAAAUGUUGACAUAUUAAAAUGUCUGUGGAAAAAAAAAAA